CACGUGGCGGCGUCGCGGCCAAUAGGAGCGCUCGGGGGCCGGCAUGCAGCGCGCGCUGAGCGGAGCGGCGCGGAUCGGAGCGCGCAUGGCGGAGGAGGCGGCGAAGCGGAGCGCGGCGCGGGCCGCGGUGGAGCAACACGUGCGGGGUGGACAUGUGGUUGGAAUUGGGAGCGGUUCCACCGUGGUGUUCGCCGUGGAGAGACUGUCGGAAAAGGUGAAGAGUGAAAAUUUGAAAAUCAUAUGCGUCCCUACAUCCUUCCAGGCACGACAGCUCAUCCUGGAGCAUGGCCUCACGCUCAGCGACCUCGACAGACACCCUGAGCUGGACGUGGCCAUUGACGGUGCAGACGAAGUGGACUCCAAGCUGACCUGCAUCAAGGGAGGAGGGGGCUGCCUCACGCAGGAGAAGAUCGUCGCGAGCUGUGCCAAGCGUUUCAUCGUUGUUGCCGACUAUAGGAAGCGAUCGUCGGAACUGGGCCAGCAGUGGAAGAAGGGCGUCCCCAUCGAGGUGGUGCCCAUGGCGUACGUUCCGGUAGGGCGCACCAUUGCCGCCCGCUUUGGGGGCACCGCCGACCUGCGCAUGGCUGUCAGCAAGGCUGGUCCGGUGGUCACGGACAACGGGAACUUCAUCCUGGACUGGAAGUUCGACCGUAAGCACGACUGGCAGGUGGUCAACACGCAGAUAACGCUCAUUCCAGGGGUCGUGGAGACGGGCUUGUUUAUUGGCAUGGCGGAGAAGGCCUACUUUGGGAUGCAGGAUGGCAGCGUGGCCACCCAGGAGCCAGGUGAUCAGAAGAACUAGUUGGUGGAGAGGCCGGAGGUGACGUGUCACAGAGCCCUCCCAGUGCUCGCGAGCUCGCAGAUUCCCUUUGCUGUACACUCACGUGAUCGAACGUUCAUCUUGCAGCUUGCCAAAUUUAUGUUUACAUUUGUACGGUGCCUUCGUUUGCCAUGUUGAAUUGCUGGUAUCAUACUGUGUACUAUAAUUUUUGGAAUGCCAAAUAUAACAGCAAAAUCCAAUGAAUGUUUCAGUUUUUUAGUUUCUCCUUGACUGAAUUUUCAUACACAGCAUUUGUUAAAAUAUACGAAGAGACAAUGAAAAUAUAUCAACCAAAUCUUUGCAAUCGUUGAACAGAUAAAACAAAUUUUGUGCAUAUCCACUGCUGUCGACAUAUUUCGACUCGGUACUUGAGAAAAGGGUAGAUAAAUAGUGGAUGCAUUUUUUUAUAUUUUAUAACCUUUGUAGCUGCUGUUGCGGUUGUGAUUUUUCCAGGGGAGAUUAAAAAACAGGCGUAGGUAACUGGUAUUGAAUGCUGGGUCUGGCAUAAUUUGAAUUCACUGCAGAGUGCCUACAACAGUUUAGAAGACUUAGUCCAUAUUAUCAGUAGCACUGCCAGGGUCUGUCUUCUCAUCUGUUUUUCUAAAAGUUUUACGACGCGUGACGUCUUACCAGUGUUCGCAAUGCUUCUUGGCAAGUUUGUGUCCGGUUCAUUUGUGUGAAUUACACUACCAUAGAAACGAUGAUUUGAAAUCGACUCUUGACCAACAGCUGUGUGUGCAUGUUGGAACUUCUUUUGCAUCGCACUUAGCCAACUGAGCUAAUCGGAUGUGCGAAACGUCUUUGAAGUUGCAGUCAAUAAAAAUACAUUCUCUUGAUUAAUUACAA